AUGUCGUCGUCAGCAGCUACUGAUCCUGUAUCUGAAAAUCCAACUUUAUGUUCAGUCGAUCAAUGUGAAACACCAUAUGAUGUUCAUUGUUUUCAUUGUCGUGCUAAUAUGUGUUCACAUCAUUAUUUUGAACAUAAACAACAACAAUUAGCUAAUGAAAAUGAUGAUGCUAUGGAUGAUCUUUUACAACUUGCAUCAUCAAAAUGUUUUUGUAUAAGUAAUGGUGGUUAUUCAACAUCAAAACAUCGUCGUUCAUUUUCAAAUCCAUUUGUAUCAUCUUCUUAUUUACUUAAAAAAAUGCGACAACAAGCUGCACGUCGACCUGAUAGUAUAAAACCAAUUUUAACAACAAAAACAACAGCUAUUAAAUUCUAUAAUUUAAGAAAACGACCUGGUAAACGUCAACGAAAAUUAGUUGCAACUAAAACAACAACAGUUACAACAACAACAGUCAAACUUUGUGGAACUGUUCUUAAAACUCGACUUCGAAAUAAUAAACUAUGUAAUCGAAAAUUGCCAUGUCCAUAUCAUACUGUGGAGUGA